CCCAUGGAACCACAAAACACCACAUGGGUGUCAGAGUUUGUCCUCUUAGGGUUCUCACAGACCCAGGAGCUCCAGAAAUUCCUGUUCCUGGUGUUUCUAUUUGUCUAUGUCACCACUGUUGUGGGAAACCUCCUUAUCAUGGUCACAGUGACCUUUGACUCCCGGCUCCACAUGCCCAUGUAUUUUCUGCUUCAAAAUCUGGCUGUCAUCGACUUCUGCCAUUCCACAGUCACUUCUCCAAAGAUGCUGGUGGACUUCUUUCAUGAGACCAAGACUAUCUCCUACCAGGGCUGCAUGGCCCAGAUCUUCUUCCAUCUCUUGGGAGGUGGAACAGUCUUCUUUCUCUGGGUGAUGACUUAUGAUCGCUACAUAGCCAUUUCCCAGCCCCUUCACUGUAUCUCCAUCAUGAAUACCCAACUGCGUGUGGGGCUGGCAGUGGCUGCCUGGGUAGGCGGCUUUGUCCACUCCAUUGUCCAACUGGCUCUGAUGAUCCCAUUGUCUUUUUGUGGUCCCAAUGUCCUAGAUAACUUCUACUGUGACGUUCCACAAGUGUUGAGACUCGCCUGCACUGAUACCUCCCUCCUAGAACUCCUGAUGAUCUCCAACGGUGGGAUGCUGGUUCUUAUCUGGUUCCUACUCCUUCUGGUCUCUUACAUGGUCAUCCUGGUGAUGCUUAGGUCCUACUCAGGACAGGCAAGGAGGACAGCUUCCACCUGCACUACCCACAUCAUCGUGGUGUCUAUGACCUUCGUUCCCUGUAUCUACAUCUAUUCCCAGCCCUUCACCCCCUUUCCCCUGGACAAGACUGUGUCCAUCAGCUACACGGUCAUGAACCCCAUGCUCAACCCCAUGAUCUACACUCUGAGGAACCAGGAGAUGCAGGCAGCCAUGAAGAGGUUAGGCAAGCGCCUAGUGAUCUGCAAUGGGAAGCUUUAA